UUUUUUUUUUUUUUUUUUUUUUUUUUUUGUCUUUUCUUUAUUAGUUAAAAUAAAAUGGCUCAACAAGCAAAGCAAGCAGCCCAAAGAUUAGGAGGCAUGUUCCCUCAAGGCUCUAGUAAGGGUAUUGGAGGUGCAAUUGCAGCCCUUGCUACCCUCGGUGCUGUAGGUUAUGGUGUCAAUGCUUCUCUCUUUAAUGUUGAUGGUGGUCAUAGAGCUAUUAAAUAUACUCGUCUUUUUGGUGUUCAAGAUAAAGUGUAUAGUGAAGGAACUCAUAUUGUGAUUCCUUGGUUUGAAACACCCGUUAUUUAUGAUGUUCGUGCAAAGCCUCGUAAUGUUGCUUCAUUAACUGGCACUAAAGAUUUACAAAUGGUCAAUAUUACAUGUCGUGUACUUUCAAAACCUCGUACUGACCAACUUGCUACAGUCUAUCGUACAUUGGGACAAGACUAUGAUGAACGUAUCUUACCUUCUAUUGUCAAUGAAGUACUUAAAUCAGUUGUUGCUCAAUUUACAGCUUCUCAACUUAUUACACAACGUGAAAGAGUCUCACGUCUUGUUAGAGAAAACCUUGUACGUCGUGCAUUAAGAUUCAACAUUAUUUUGGAUGAUGUUUCCAUUACUCAUGUUGGCUUUUCACCUGUCUUUGAAAGUGCAGUUGAAGCUAAACAAAUUGCUCAACAAGAAGCACAAAGAGCAGCAUUUAUAGUUGAUAAAGCAAGACAAGAAAAGCAAUCUAUUAUUGUUCGUGCACAAGGUGAGGCUAAAUCAGCCGAAUUGAUUGGUGAAGCCAUUAAAGAUAAGCCUGGUUUCUUGGAAUUAAAGAGAAUUGAAGCAGCUAGAGAAAUCUCUCAUAUUUUAUCACGUAGUGAUAAUAGAGUGAUGUUGGAUACAGAUACCUUGUUACUUAAUGUUAAUACAGCAAGCAAAUCAAACUAAAUCAUAUUUUGUAGUAAUAAUAAUAAUAAUAAUAAU